GCACCGAGCCCAAGGUUGAAUAGAUUAAAAGGAUUUAUGAGCAGCACUAUUUAAGUAAUGGAGAGGACAGCCACAGGUUGAAAGCUGUUACAGAUGUUUAGAGAGUAACAGAAGAAUCAAGGUUCACAGCAACAACAAAGCUCUACAGGCGUCUGUGCUGCACCCGGCAGAGUAUGCAGCUGGUUGUCAUGGCAGCAGUGCUGGCACUGCUGGGGGCAGGGCAGGGCUGCAGCUUCGGCUGUCAUCUAACCAACGUCAGCAUCCCCGUGGAGAGCUGUGGCAACACCGAGAACGUCUACACCACCAUAUGUGAAGGACAGUGCUACCACAAGGAUCCGGUCUACAUCGGCCAUCAUGACUGGGUUGAACAGAAGAUCUGUAACGGGGACUGGUCCUAUGAGGUGAAACACAUUAAAGGAUGUCCUGUGGGUGUCACCUACCCUGUGGCCAGAAACUGCGAGUGUACCGCGUGUAACACAGGAAACACGUACUGCGGGCGCUUUCCUGGAGACAUAUCCAGCUGUCUGUCCUUUUAAAGAAACCUGUCAUCUAUCCUACAUUUACUUAUCUUUGUUUCACUUGACUUGGUACUAAAAUAAACAGGUAUCACUUAA